AUGGAGGAAGAGGGUGUUCCGUCCACAACUCUGCGAGAAGUAGCUCUGCUCAAGCUACUAUCGCAGAGCAUGUACAUUGUCAGGCUGAUAGCUGUCGAGCACGUCCUCUCCAACGACAAGCCUGUUCUUUGUCUUGUAUUUGAGUUCCUUGAUACGGAUCUUAAGAAGUACAUAGAUGUCAAUGGUCGUGGCCCUGGACUUCCUUUGGAGCCGCAUAAAGUGAAGAAUUUCAUGUAUCAGCUGUGUCUUGGAGUAUCUCAUUGUCACAGCCGAGGGGUCAUGCACAGGGAUUUAAAACCACAAAAUCUUCUUGUAGAUAAAGAGAAAGGCAUUCUGAAAAUCGCAGAUUUGGGUCUUGGCCGGGCCUUCACAGUCCCACUCAAGAGCUAUACUCAUGAGAUUGUGACCUUGUGGUACCGCGCACCUGAGGUUUUGCUGGGAUCAAUCUACUACUCAACCCCUGUGGACAUGUGGUCUGUUGGAUGCAUUUUUGCUGAAAUGGCCCGCAGAGCUCCUCUGUUUCCAGGCGAUUCCGAGCUUCAGCAGCUUCUACACAUCUUCAAGAUUCUCGGGACUCCAAACGAAACCGUCUGGCCAGGCGUCACAAAGUUGAAAGACUGGCAUGACUUCCCUCAAUGGCCCCCUCAGAACCUUGCACAGUUUGUCCCCGAGUUAGAUCCCCUAGGCAUUGACUUGUUAGAGAAGUGCUUGAAGUACGACCCUGCACAAAGAAUAUCUGCCAAAGAUGCUCUCAACCACCCAUACUUUGACAGCCUUGACAAGUCCCAGUUUUAA